ACAACCCAAAACUCACAUUACAGUACAAACAAGACAGGAACGACCAGUUCUAUCAAAAAAAAAAAAAAAACCACUUUCUUCUUUUUCUUUGGGUUUAUCAAGCUUCUUUUUUUCACUCUUUCUUUCUAGGAUAAUUAGAAAGAAAAAAAACCUAAAAAAAACUCAAAUUCCCAUUUUCAGUAGGGUUUACCCUCAGCUUCUCAAAUUCGGCGACUUCCAAUUCAUUCUUCCAUUUUGGAAUUCCGCGAAUUCCAUGGAAGCUUGAGUUGAAGACCAAACCUGAGAGAAUUGGGCUAAUGAGGGUAAAAAACUAGCAUUUGGAAGUGUUUAUAAAGUUUUACCAUCUUCAAUGUAUGGUCAAGGUUAUGGUCCUCAGCCGCCCAGAGCGCCUGCAUACCAACUGCACCAACCAGCUCCUCCUCCUCCGAACCUCCAAUUCCAACAAGGGUCUCAGGCCCGACCCCCUCCUCUAAUUCAGCAGGCUCCGCCUGCUGUACCACCCCAGAAUCAGCCAGGUCCUCACUUAUACCAGCAUGGUCUUCCUCCCCCUCCCCGAUUUGUUCACCCUGGUCCUCCUAUGCAAAUUCCUCCUCUUCGGGCAUCAAAUGCAAGUGAAUCUUACAAACACCCACCUCCUUUAGUACACAUGGGAGCCCAAAUUGUGCAUCAUAGCCCCCAUCUUUCACAUGGCCCUGCUCACCCAGAAAUGUUACAAGCCCCACAAACUCAUGGAGCGUUGCCGCCUCCUCCUCAGUCACAGGGACAAACAUCAUAUAGAGCUACAUUUUUCCCGCCGCCACCAUAUCCUGGUGGAGUGCAGGGUCAUAACCAUAUUGCACCUCCCCCUCUCCCUACCACCUCUAGUUUUUUCACUCCCGCUGCAUAUGGAAGUUCUGUACAAACAAUAACGGGAGAAUCUCAUGUCUCUUCCAUGGCCCCACCUCCACCGCCAUCUUCUGCGUCACCGAUUCCACCGUCUCCACCAUUGUCUUCCAAUCCCUCAUUUUCGACAUCAAAACUGAGGGCUCCUAGUUCUGGUGAUGAAGCUAUAGCUAUCAAUCAGGUCAGAGAUGAUACAUCUGUGCAUGGAAGCUCCCAAAAUUUGGAGGGUGGACGUUGCAGUGAAGUGAGAUCUCAACCAGGAGGUGUUCCAUCACUUAAUGGAAAUGAGCUGCUAAAUCUUCCCCCACUUCCAUUGAAGCGAACAGAAGCGAAAAUUAUCCAAAGAAUUGAAGAUUUGUGCCUGCUAAUUGCAAAGAAUGGCCCUGAUGUAGAAGAUGUGACUCGACAAAGUGAAUAUGGGAAUCCAGAGUACAAGUUUCUGUUUGGUGGUGACCCUGGAAGUGAAGCUGCAAUUGGUUAUGAGUAUUUUCUCUGGUUGAAGAAGAAAUAUCUUCUGGAACAUAAAUUUCACGAAGAACAAAGUGAACGAGCAAUAACGCCUUUGCAAAUGGAUUCUUUGCGGCCGCCUAAUGCUUCAAUUGCUUCAGCUGGUUGCACAUCAAAUACGGAUUCAGACAUGGAGAUGGAAGAUGAUAUAACCCUCUUUGAUAAAGACCAAGAAAUGAAUCACUCAACUGAACCUCUACUUGACAUCAAAGAACGUGUUGUGAAAGACCGGCUACAUGCACCAAAACUUUCACCAGAACAUAGCCUGGUCCGGGGUAUUUCUUCUGAAAAUCUUUCAUGUGGACCCUUGCUCAAACAAAGUGAAGGUUUAAGAUCUGCUAUGGGAGACCACAGUCAGGUCAAGGAUUCAGUUGGUGCAGCUGAAUGCUCCUUGGAUGGCGAUCUAAGGAAAACUGUUUCCCCCCUACCUGAUAAUUUGAAUUUAAUCGGUGCUUCUGUAGCUUUUGAAGCCUUUAAUUCAAAGAAGGUUCCUGAGGUUAUCACAGGUCGUAGCCCAAUUAGACUUCUUCAAGACUACGCUUCUGACAACCACUCUGAAAAUGAUGAUGAACUCUUGCAUAAAGACAUCAGUCCCUCGAUUCUGCCAUCACUUAGAGCAGAUGUGUCAAGUCCCUGUAGAGAUACUGGAAGAUGUGUUGAGACAGAUAUGGUAUGGGAGAGUCAGCACUGUAUUGAAAAGUCAAAAAGGCGGUCUAGAUGGCAAUUGGAAUCCAACCUGUCUCAGAAGGUUGCCGCCUGUUCCCCAGUUUCACAGGGAGAGGUUCAAGCUACUGGUAGAGCAUCCAUCUCAACUGGAACUGAUGGAUAUGCGGAUAGAAACCCUGGAAAACAAAGCUCUACCAAAGAUGUUUCUUCUCAUGCAGAUUUUCAGAAGAAAGUUGCCUUGGACGGUGCAGAUAGUCAUGUUAUCUCUAAAAGGGGCAAGACAGAGAAGGAAAAUGAGGCAAAAAAGGCAAAGUCUGAGUCAGCUUCGUUGAAAGUGGAUGAGUUUGGGAGAUUGGUCAGAGAAGGUUCCAGUGACAGUGACUCUGAUUUAGGGUAUACUGGCAGGCAUGAAAAAAGAGGAAAAAGAGGUAGAAAUCGGAGUCGGAGUCGGAGCCGAUCCCCUCUAGACAAGAGGAGAACAAGGAGGAGUUCGUGGAGGAGAAAAGGGAAGCGAAGCCGAUCACGCAGCUGGUCACCUAAGAGCCGAAGAAGCAGGAGCCGAUCUCCCAUAUAUAGGCGUGCAUGUGAAUUGAGUGGUGAGAAAUUGAGAUCAGACAGGGCUUGCAUUCCACCAUGUUUUGACUUCAUUCGAGGCAGGUGCAACCGUGGAGCCAAAUGUAGAUUCAUGCACCAUGAAGUUCAGAAAGGUGACACUUCGAGGCACCAUAGGGGCAAACUUCCAUCUGGUACAGCGAGUUAUAAGACAAAGAAAGAGAGUAAUAUUGCCUCUGUAAAACUUCCGGAGCAUGCUGGUGAUGAAGCCCAUAAUCAAGAGAUGCAAGAUGGAAAAGUUGAUUGGAAAAAGGAAGAUCUUGCUAUGAAAUCUCAGAAGUCUAUUAUUUCGGAUCCCACUGGUCAACCGAUUGAUUCUGGCACAGUCAAAUGCCAGAGUCCUAGGGAGAUAGCUGGUACAGUGAAAGAGAAACAAAUAAUUCAAGAAACGCCAGCUGAGUCAAACCCUCAGAUCUGUGACAAUAAAACUCUGGGGGAGGAGUCUCACCAGCCACCAUCAGUUGAUAGCUUUCCCUUUCAAUUUGUUGAUGGUGCUGAUGUUCAGGAUUCAUAUGCUGAUACUUCUAGGUAAGAGCAUCCUUCGGUGAAAAACUCUGCAGUUCAUCAACCUCAAAGCCAUAUUUCAGUUACAGAAGACCAAAAUGGCGA